GGUCGUGGAUCGCGGCAUUGUGGUGCGAGGCGCACCGUCCACGAUGGAGCUGCGCGAGAUGAACCGCGCGUACGGCACUGCGGAGGAGACCGCCGAGCUCCUGCCGCAGCACGACAGCGCACCCGAUUACGAGAGCUACUUCAUCGAAUAUGCGAUGCAGAAGGAAAUGAUCAAUCGUAACCGGUGCCCGGCGAGCCGACGGUUGCUCAGCCAGGCCGCACACCUGGACUUCAAUUUUCCCAAUAGCAAUCAUUCCAAGGAUUCACCAUGUGCCGGAAUCACCAUGAUCCACACUUCGAGUGAGAACUGGCCGCCCUCCAGAAAACGCGAAGAGGCGAAGGCCUUGGAAAAUCUUAGAAAGAGGGUAGAACAGAGCAAGUUAUACAAGACGGACCGAAUUACCGAUCCCGUCAUAGCCACCACGUCCUCGAUAAACUACGAGCUGACUCAACAACAAUUGGACAAUCGACCGAAACUUCUGAAAAAGAUACUAAGCAACCGACCGAUGAGUAUCACAUACGAUAGGAGUGACUUGGAAACCGAUUGGCGCGACAGCGAAUUUAUCACCGAGUGUCUUUGCUGGCACAACGUUUAUCGGCAACGGCAUAACGCACCUCCGUUGACUAUGUCACCGCAGUUGUGCGAGUACGCUCAAUCAUGGGCGAAUCAUUUGGCGCACACGAACACGUUCUAUUAUAAAAAUGAUCGGAACGUAGGUCACAAUCUUUAUUGUCGUCCUGGUGGUGCGGUACCUGGCGAUAUCACGGGGCAGGAAGUCGCGUCUUACUGGUAUUCCGCUGUGAAACAAUACGACUUUCUCAAGGAACCGGAUAUUCUCCACGCUAAUGUAAACGCAGGUCACUUCACUCAGCUAAUAUGGGCGAGAAGCUGUUACUUUGGAGUCGGUAAAGCAUGUAGCAGAAGCGGCAAGGUGAUCGUGGUGGCAAACUACGAGCCGGUGGGCAACAUGUCCGGUCAGUUUCAGAACAAUGUAUUUCCGCCGUUACCUGAGAAUAUGAACGUGAUGCUAUCGCCACCCGCUAUUCGGAUGCCGCGGGGACAGUACGAACUACUGAAAUCCACGGCAUCAUCCUUGCCGCCAUUGUUACCGCUUCCGUUGUCGGAUACCGCGUCCACCGCCAGCGAUACUACGUCCGUCAGCUCCGGCCAAUAAUACCAUGGCCGUACAAAAUGCCUUCUCUGUAUUUGCGCGCGAUGGGCCAGACAUUGAAGAGAUCGAGAGAAAGGUCGACUCUUCGCGUGCCGCGAAUCAAAGACUUCGGACACAUGACGAAACACGAUGACCGAUGUCUCUGUUGGAAAGAGCGUUUCAGAAGCUUUUCAUUCAUUUAUUGAUACAUAUCUCUGGAAGGCUUUUGAAGUUUCUUACAAGUUAAAAGGUGAUGCGGCUAGAAAUGCCAGGUCGACGAUAUGCGCUAGCUCAAUUAUCAUCACAAACUCAAAGUUGCAACAAUAAGACAAAAGUAAUGUUGCAAUAUUUUCUAAUAGUCAAUUGACUAUUGUUGCAAUUUUAUCCCAACUCAACCAUAUUCAAUAAUUUUCCAUGGAAAUGUUGGUCAUCAGGUUUUACUGCCAGGUUUCAGCUACGCUUGCAAAAGCAGUGAUAAUCAAAGUUAUACCGAGCUUCGUUGUGAUAGCUGGUAAUAUGUAAUACAAAUCAAGCAGUACAAUCUGCGAUGUAAUUAUUGAUAGUGGCGCAACUUUUUAUC